AUGUCUGACUUGCAUAAAGCAUUUCUACAGAGAGUUAAAAAGAGGGAGUCUGAGCUUGGACUACUGCUGUUGGAGGAGGAGGAGGAGGAGGAGAAUGAGUCGGGGACUGGUGUUGCUGGAAGUACACCGAGGAAGAGCACCACUAACAAGAUUGAUUUGAAUAUUUUGAGUGAAUAUAAGCAGUUCAAGACGACGCAGUUUGUCACUGAAGAGUACUCUCGUGGACUGUCGGUUUUCCAAACGUACUUUAAAAAGUCUAAAAAUCCCGGACCAGUGUUGGUGUGUGGCCACGGAGCAGGUUCUUCGUCCAUGACUUUUGCUGAAUUGUGUCGAAACAUCAGCGAUGAAACACUUAGUGUUUUUUUAUAUGAUAUGAAGGGUCAUGGGGGCUCGCAUGGGGGUGACAAAGACUUCUCAUUGGAUACACUUGUGGAGGACUUUCAUUUUGUAUUGGAAGAAUUUGUUUCAAAACACCACCCCUUGGGAAUAUUUUUGUUGGGACAUUCAUUGGGGGGUGCUAUUUUUGCAAAGUACGUUCACAAGUAUACACUGGAUCUUGUUAGAGGGUUGAUACUUUUGGACAUCGUGGAAGAGACUGCCGUCACCUCGUUGAAUGUCAUGCCCUUUUUUCUUGAAAAGUUGCCAAAAUCAUUUCCGUCUAUAUCAGAAGCUAUUAAUUGGCAUAUGAACUCGCUUCUAUUUAACCAACAGUCGGCUAGGUUGAGUGUGCCGGAUAUAUUCAACUUGGACGCAAUGACAUGGAAGAUGGAUUUGAAGCAGACUGAGCCGUAUUGGGAAACGUGGUUCACUGGCUUGUCCAACAAUUUCCUUAGCUUUCCCAAAGCGAAGCUUCUCAUAUUGGCGGCACAUGAGACAUUGGACAAAAAACUUACAAUUGGUCAAAUGCAAGGUAAAUAUGAGUUAGUUGUUUUCAACAAUAGCCAAAGGAGCGGUCAUUUUGUUCACGAAGACUUGCCCAAGCACGUUGCGCUUCGUGUUGAGGAAUUCAUUUGCAAGGUAUAUUCUCCUGAGAAGUAUAUGAAGGAUCAUCUCGGUAUUGUGCCGAAAUGGGGAGGUAAGAUUACAUAA